AUGUCGCUAGCACCUUUGCAAACUGUUAGUGAGAAGCUAUUGAAUAACCGCUCCAACUUGAUACAUACCCCUGUGAAAGGUACUAAAGCGAAUAACAAUGCUGGCGUUGGGAUUGGCAUUGGUACCGGCUUAGAUGGAAAAGAAAAUCAAGCCGAGAGUCUCCAUCAUCACCAUUAUCAAAAUAACCACAAUAAACGGGUGGACACUAAUGGUCAACCAGCCCAAAAAAAGAAGAAGGAGAAAUUAUCAGCACUCUGUAAAACACCACCAUCUUUAAUUAAGACUCGCGGAAGGGACUAUCAUAGAGGCCAUUUCUUAGGUGAAGGUGGGUUUGCUCGAUGUUUUCAAAUUAGAGAUGAUAGCGGUAAAAUAUUCGCCGCCAAGACAGUCGCCAAACUAUCGAUUAAGACGGAGAAAACGAGGAAGAAAUUACUGUCGGAGAUUCAAAUUCACAAAAGCAUGAGACAUCCCAAUAUAGUACAAUUCAUUGACUGUUUUGAAGAUGAAACAAACGUGUAUAUCUUAUUGGAGAUAUGUCCUAACGGUUCCCUGAUGGAACUGUUAAAGAAAAGGAAAACGUUGACCGAGCCUGAAGUUCGUUUUUUUACCACUCAGAUUUGCGGCGCUAUCAAGUAUAUGCAUUCUAGGAGAGUUAUACACAGAGACCUUAAACUGGGUAACAUAUUCUUCGAUAAGAACUACAACUUGAAAAUCGGAGAUUUUGGCCUGGCGGCUGUUCUGGCAAAUGAUAGAGAGAGAAAAUAUACAGUAUGUGGUACACCAAAUUACAUUGCUCCUGAGGUACUGAUGGGAAAGCAUUCCGGACAUUCUUAUGAAGUGGAUAUAUGGUCAAUUGGUGUAAUGAUUUAUGCCCUCUUAAUUGGGAAGCCGCCCUUCCAAGCUAAGGAUGUGAACACAAUUUAUGAAAGGAUCAAGUGCUGUGAUUUUGUUUUCCCCAAGGAGAAAUAUUUGUCGCCUGAGGCCAGAGUCCUUAUUCAAGAUCUUCUAUCUCUCGAUCCACUAGAGAGACCAUCUCUAAUGGAAGUUAUGGAUUAUGUAUGGUUCAGAGGCAUUUUUCCACCAUAUAUCCAGUCCGAUGUGAUGACUGAGGUACCGAACUAUGAGGGUACAAUAAGUGCGGAAGAGUCAUUGAUCAAUUUCAAGAAUUGCAUGGAAAGGUCGGGGAUAAUCGACAAUAGUAAACUUCAGAAAAAUGUCAAGGAUGUCAUAUCUUUUGUUAACCAAGAAAAUGAUAAUACCUCGAACCAGCAACGUCAAAAUAUCCUGCCAAACUCUUUAUCACCAGGUGGCACCCGUAACAAGUAUAAGGAAGUGGUUGAUUUAGAAGCGCAAAGGCGAUUGAAUGACUUAGCCCGUGAGGCUAGGCUACGCAGAGCCCAACAGGCCACGAUAAAGAGAGAUUUGGUGGCAACUUCAACGAAUCUUAUUAAAUCGGAAAUCUCACUGCGGAUCCUGGCUAGUGAAUGUCAUUUAACGUUGAACGGAAUAUUAGAGGCUGAAGCUCAAAAGCGAAUGGGGGGUCUUCCUCAGUCUAGGCUACCUAAAGUGAAACACCCAAUAAUAGUGACGAAAUGGGUAGAUUAUUCGAAUAAGCAUGGUUUCUCAUAUCAGCUAUCGACCGAAGAUAUCGGAGUUCUUUUCAAUAAUGGAACAACAGUACUGCGGCUGGCUGAUGCUGAAGAAUUUUGGUACAUCAGCUAUGACGACCGCGAAGGCUGGGUUGCUAGCCAUUAUUUACUCACUGAAAAGCCUCGGGAAUUGACAAGACAUUUAGAAGUCGUUGAUUUCUUCUCCAAGUAUAUGAGAGCGAACUUAAGCAGGGUUUCAACAUUUGUGAGGGAAGAGUAUCACAAGGAUGACGUCUUUUUAAGGCGUUACACGAGAUACAAACAGUUUGUUAUGUUCGAGUUGAGUGACGGAACUUUCCAAUUCAACUUCAAGGAUCACAACAAACUUGCAGUUUCAGAGGGUGGUAAACUGGUAACCUACAUUUCGCCAUCGCAUGAGAGUUUAACUUAUCCACUAGUAGAGUUACUCAAGAUCGGAGAGAUACCAAAUUAUCCCGAUUGUAAUUUUAUGGAAAAGCUGUCUUUGAUAAAGGAAGGUCUAAAACAGAAAUCUUCUAUAGUCACAGUGGAACAAAACCAACCGUGA